AAUGAAAUGAACACUGUUUGCCGCUAGGGGCGCGCUACUGUUCGCAACCGCCUAUAAUUGAAAGAAGAAGAAAAAAAGCAGCGAUUGCGCAAAAUAGCCAGUUUCAGGAACCAGAAACCCCCCAGGCACUAUCCUCCUUCUUGUUUUCAAUCAAAUUGACUCUAUUCUGCGAUGAUAAAAUCGGAGGAGAUUAAAAGCGAGAACGUGCCCGUGAGCAUCUCCUGUGUUCAGAAGGUUUCUGGAAUCCUGGGGGCGCACGGUUGCGUCGGUGCAGGAGCGAAACCGUAUUUGUGCUCGGAGUGCGGGAAGAGAUUCAUGGAGCGAAGACAUCUGGAGCGUCACGGGCGCAUUCACACGGGGGAGAAGCCGUACCGGUGCUCGCAUUGCGACAAGAGUUUUACCCGAGAGGACACGCUGCAGCAGCACCUGCGCCUCCACACCGGGGAGAAGCCGUACCGCUGUACGGAGUGCGGCACCAGUUUUACGCAGCAGAGCACGUUCCAGCUGCACCGGCGCGUCCACACGGGAGUGAAGCCCUACGAGUGUGUUCAGUGCGGCGCGAGGUUCAGGCGGCAGGACACGCUCCAGCAGCACCAGCGCAUCCACACAGGCGAGAAGCCCUACCACUGCUCCGAGUGUGGAAAGAGUUUCCGGCAGCAGAGUCACCUCCAGCUCCAUCAGCGCGUCCACACGGGGGAGAAGCCUUUCCAGUGCGUGUACUGCGGGAAGAGUUUUAGCGAUAACCGCAAUCUGAAAACGCACCUGUACGUUCACACGGGGGAGAAGCCCCAUCACUGCUCACACUGCGGACUGAGCUUCACUUACUCAAGUGUAUUCAAGACGCACAAGUGCAUCGCAGCAGAUCAUCUGUCUGAGCAAGAAAUAUAAUUCAUAAUGUUGCUUCAACUGGAGAAACAUCUCGAGCUAUAGCGAGACGUGAAGCUGAUAACGGGAUGAAAAAAAAAUCACGGUUCAAUACGUCGAUAUUUAAGUCUCGGUUCGGUUCGAUUUCAGUAUGAUGUGGGGGUGGGGGGAUUUUUUAUUUUAUUAAAAAGCAACGUUUAUUAUUAUUACCAUUUGUGAACCGUCGGCAGUUUAUAUUUUUCAAAACGAUUU